GGUUAUUUUUCUGUCCGUACUGUUGUUGACAGUGGCCUUUUAUUCACACAAGCGAUUCUUUAGUCCUAAUUGCGGGCCCUAAUGGAUGUGAGCCACCGGCGAGCUAAAUGCAUUACAAUACGGCGUUUCCGUCUCUUUUGUGCUCAGGGAGAUCCCCACGGGCACCGCUAAACACCCAUCGCACAGAAGCCGCUCCUGAAACGCCCAGGGGCCCCCGCCAACAUACAAUGACACUUGUUUGCACUGUGCAACUGGCGCAGAAGCAAAAAGUCAGAGUUCUAAGGCACGGCACUGCGCAUGCGCAGCUCGACGGGUAGGCAGUAGUUACCCCCUGGAUGAAGGAGAGUUGUCAGUGGGUCACUCGCAGUCUUUCAAUGCCAAUUCCUCACUAUGCACUGCUGUCCUGCUUGAGAUAUUGACAGCUGACUACGAGCAGUUGUUGCAGUGCUCUCUUAAAUAUUAACGAGCUGGACCUCCCAAAACUUUACUGGAAGUCGCAUGAUAUGGAUUAAUGUGGAAAAACUUCCUUGACUGGUAGGUAAAAAAAAAAAAAAAAAAAACAUUUCGUGAGAACACAUUGAAGAAUCGAGCGUAUGGAUUACAAGUGAAGUCAGUGUCGGUUGCUCCGUAUCUCAGGGGAAGACAUUUGAGAAGUGGCGACAUGAAGAUCCGGGAUUGAUGCAAAGUUUGUUUCUCACAGGAAUAUGGGAUAUUCUGAAUUUAUGCACAAAAAUCCAUCGGUUAUUGCGUUUUCAUAUGUGUCGUAUUUACAUUCAAUCCGAAACAAAGCUACUGGAAGUCUUGUGACGGCUGGGGUAAACAGUGGAUACUUGUCUGGAGCAAUUCUGCUGGAUCUAUUGAAUUAUCCUCGGAAUUUCUCUGCCCAAUGACAAUUCCAAAGUUGUUAGUUGGGCUCCUUUUCACCGCGUCUCCUCCUUUUAUUAGUUUCAUUUGCCGAGUCAUUAACUUAACUGGUCUAGACCAAAACCUGAAGUAUUUUCGUUGCACAGGUUUGUGAUAGGAUGCGGGGAUGCACGGGAUUCCCGGUGGCCGUCACGGUGGUAUUGACACUUUUGACCAUCAUUAACGUGAAGGCGAGUGGAGAGUAUUGUCACGGUUGGCAUGACUCUCAGGGCGCGUGGAGAGACGGGUUUCAGUGCCCGGAGCGCUUCGACAGCGCCGAGGCCAUCAUCUGCUGCGGGAAAUGUGAGCUCAGGUACUGCUGCUCCAGCACAGAAGCUCGGCUGGACCAGGGCACAUGUGAUAACGAUAAGCAGACACAAGACACCAACACUGGGAACAGGGACGACAAAAAUUCUGGGGCAGUACCCAUCUACGUGCCCUUCCUGAUCGUUGGCUCGGUCUUCGUGGCAUUCGUGCUGGUGGGCUCCGUUGUCGCCGUGUGCUGUUGCCGCUGUCUACGUCCCAAACAGGAGCCUACGUCAAGUGGUGGCUCAGGAGGAGGGUCCAGCAGCGCCCGUGUCCUCGAGACGAUUCCCAUGAUGGCCAGCACAGGUACGUCGCGAGGCUCGUCCUCCCGUCAAUCGAGCACGGCCACCUCCUCCAGCUCUUCGGCUCCUCCCGCCGCUCCCCGUCCUGCACCCGCCCCCAUGCUACGCGCCCAGGCCUCGUGCUGCCUGCCGCCAGACGCCAGCGUGUACGUGAACAUGCCCACCAACUUCUCAGUGCUAAACUGCCAGCAGGCCACUCAGAUUCUUCCUCACCAAGGCCAGUUCCUGCAUCCUCAGUACAUCGGUUUCGCCCACCCUGUUUCUCCGGCUCCAGCCUUCCUAGACCCCACUCAAGCGGGAUAUCGACCAUUGCAGUCUCCGUUCCCUCCGCCGACCAGCGUGGCUAGUGUGGCCAGUGUGACCGGCGAUCAGAAAUACCCUCCAAUUACCAUGUGAGUGCAAAUGGGACCAUCUUAGGAAGUAAGUUUGAAUUGAAGUCACAAGAAGAACACAGUGAAUCAGUACAGAGCACAAAAUGCCUGUUCAUUCGCACGAAAACACACUUGCGUCGUUGUACAACAACACAAAUGAGACUCUCAAACUGGUGCUUUAUAAAACACAAUGUUGUUUUCUGUGAUAUAAAGGACACAGAGCUUAAAAAAUGACUGGAUGUGUGUGUAACGUGCCUUGAAAAGUUACUAGCGGUGCCGUUGUAAAUGAAGCGUGUGUGUACAUAUGCGAUGUAUAUUUGUGUUGUAUAACCGUGCAUGUGCGCUCUGUACGUGACUGUAUAGGUGUGUUGGUUUAUGAGAUGCAGUAUGUGAAUAUGUGUGUGUAGUGCACUAUAUGUUGUGUAUAAUGGAAAUCACAGGUGCUGUAAUGUGAAAAACAGUCCUGGCUCCCUAUUGGAUGCUUAAAAUCUAAUGAAGUGAACACAGGACACAGACUGUGACGCUCCACCCACUGCAACACAUGCACACAGACACACUCACUUACAUUUUCACAUAUACACACUCACAUUCUGCAGAACCAAAGUCAUUUUCGCAUUGCCAAGGAACAGAAUAGAAAAUAUACAAAAAUAUAGGCCUGUGUUUGGGAAAGCGAUGUGCGAAUGUCAGUUACGCAGUAAAAACUGUCUGCCAACUGUU